CAUCGAUUUAUUUCAAUGAACCUAAUAUUCAAGGAAAAACAUCGAAUUUAGCUGAUUAGAGAUUUGCAGAAUCGAUCCAGCCAUAUCAGGGGCCUCAAGACGACAAGAGUUUGCUCAUAAAACUAGUAAAUCAGUUUUUGCCAACUGUAAGCCAAACGUACCGACCUCUUUGUUGCGUUGCGUUGCGUUGUAGACGUUAUUGUAUGACGCCAUAAAAGAGUACGACAAAUGAUUGGCUAUAUUAACUAUCCAACGUCCAGUUUGCGCCCUCUGUGAACUGUUGUCAUGGAAAAUCAAAAAGUGACAGGAACCGCAGAAUCACCAGUGGCGUAAUUCAGCCAGCCAGGAUUCUGCGGUUUCUUGUCAGUUUUAGGAAACCCAAUAUUUAAGUUCAUCGCGGAUAGAGAGGCAUAACAAUUAAAUUGGGUUGCUGACCUGCGUCAGUAAGCUAGCCGGGAUGGCUUCGACGCCACAACGGCAACUGAGUCAGGAUUCCUACAAGGAGAGCACCGGAUCCCCGUGUUCCGGCAGGACAGCGUACACCACGGCCUCCUCUGCCCCUACCAGCAAAUCUGAAACCGUGUUUGGCUCGGUGACGGAUAGUUCGUGUAACACACCAGGAUCAGUGGCAACAACGACGAAAGUUACGCUUGAAUUUGACGAAAGUUGUGAAGUCACAGAAGAAACAACAAUUCCACUUACCACGGAACCUAACACAUUGCAACAAUUACCGGAUCGAAAUGAAUCUAAAAGUAAAACACUUCUUCAGCGGCUUCCAUCUCUUAGACUUAAUCGAUUUGGAUCAGGGAAAUCGAAAAAUAAAUCACCUGCUAUCAAUCUGAUCAAUGAUGAAGAACAGGGCUCAGAAAGUCCUCCUGUAAGUGUAAAAGAAAAAACAAAAUCGGAACCUUUUUUCAUUGGAGAUGAUGCGAGUCUCUAUGGAACGCCCAAAGAGGAAUUGUUACCAAAAUCCGACACUAGAAGUAAUACCCCAAGCACGACAAAUUUUCUAAAGGACCAGAUUCUCACAUUUUUUCAACCCUCAGACAAUAGACUUGCCAUGAAACUAUUUGGAAACAAAAGUGCUUUGAUUAAAGAAAGACAGAGACAGCGAGCUACUGGAACUUGGAUUAUUCAUCCAUGCAGUAAUUUCAGAUUUUACUGGGACCUGUUCAUGUUACUUAUGCUGAUAGCCAAUCUCAUAAUUCUACCUGUAGCUAUCUCAUUCUUCAACGACGACCUAAGUAUACACUGGGUGAUCUUUAACUGUGCUUCAGAUACCGUUUUCCUCUUGGAUAUUUUCAUUAACUUUCGAACAGGUGUUUUAGAUGCAGACUAUGCAGACGAAAUCAUCUUAGAGCCCAAGAAGAUUGCUAUAUCGUACAUCAAAUCGUGGUUCUUCCUGGACCUCAUCAGCUCCUUGCCAUUAGACUAUAUCUUCCUUAUGUUUGACCCAAACACUCCGGAUGUCAAUCAACUUAUGCAAGCAGGACGUGCACUUCGUAUCCUCCGGUUUGCCAAAUUACUCAGUCUCCUCCGUCUUCUCCGGUUAUCCCGCCUCGUGCGUUACGUCAGCCAGUGGGAAGAGUUUCUCAGCGUCGCCGGUGUGGUUGUCCGUAUCUUCAAUUUGAUUUGCCUGAUGCUGCUACUGGGUCACUGGAAUGGCUGUUUACAGUACCUAGUGCCGAUGUUGCAAGAGUUCCCACCGGACUGCUGGGUAGCAAUAGAGGAGCUGACGAAAGCCGACUGGAAAGAACAAUACACAUGGGCGUUGUUUAAGGCAUUGUCCCACAUGCUAUGCAUUGGAUACGGUCGUUGGCCACCUCAGAACGUCACUGACGUCACACUGACCAUCAUCAGCAUGCUGACUGGUGCCACGUGCUACGCGCUCUUCGUUGGUCAUGCCACUACGCUGAUUCAGUCAUUUGACACCGGCAGAAGAUUGUUUAGAGAAAAGUAUAAACAAGUUGAAGAAUACAUGUCUUACCGCCGCCUCCCGCGUGAUCUCAGGGGGAAGAUUGCAGAUUUUUACGAACAUAAGUAUAGAGGAAAGAUGUUUGACGAGGAUGCAAUAUUGAACGACCUCUCGGAGACAUUACGUGAGAGCGUUGUUAAUCACAACUGCAGGGCAUUAGUUGCCAACGUGCCGUUCUUCACCAAUGCCGACCCGCACUUUGUCACAGAGGUCAUCUCAAAACUUAAGUACGAGGUGUGCCAGCCUAAAGACUUCAUCAUCAAAGAGGGAACGCGAGGAGACAAGAUGUACUUCAUCCAGGAGGGCAUAGUCGAUAUCAUCACCAAAGAUGGCGAAGUAGCCACUAGUCUGUCGGAUGGAUCCUACUUUGGGGAAAUCUGUCUCCUCACCAACGCAAAGCGCGUGGCCAGCGUCUACGCUGAAACCUACUGCAACCUGUUCUCUCUGUCAGUGGAGGACUUCAAUAAGAUACUGGAGCAUUAUCCCCUGAUGCGUAGAACACUGGAGAGCGUUGCAGCACAGCGGCUCAGCAAGAUCGGCAAGGACGCUAACAUGAUGAGCACCGUGCAGGAGGAAGAUGUGAAAGCCAUGAACCAAAUCAUCCAAGAAUCGGCGUCACUGCGGUCAGACACCGGCAGCAACAGUCCCGAUGAGAAACGCAGGGAGAGCAAGAAAUACAGGAGCUCCGAAUUCUUGGAGGUGGACGAAAGGCCUCAUAAACAGAAGAAAAAGCGAUUGAGCAGCAUCUUUAAAGCGCCAUUCCUGUUGGAAUUCAAGACCAAGAAGGACAGGUCAGACACCACCUGCGGGGAAGUUCAUGAGGAAGAAACCAGUGAUAUUGACGACGUUGACGACGAAUAUGACGGCAGCGAUGGUCACAGCAACAGCAAAUGUAAGGGCACCUCUGGGGGAACGUCCCCUCUCUUGUCCGUGCCCCAGGGGACGCUCAGCACCUACCACAGCGUUCCCAGUUUCUACAGCCCAUCCACGGACAAAGUGAACGGUCAGGUGGCCUACGUGAACGUCGAUGUGGAGGAAGAGGAGGAGACCGCAGAUGCCACCGCAAAUGUAGCUGAAAAAGAAUCUUUAGUUUAAUUUUAGACGCAAGGUGCCAUUCAUUACUCAAGGAUCAUAAGAUUAGAAUACUUCACAAACAUUUCCUUAUCAUUAAUUUUAUCCCCUUAUUUCUUCAUCGCCUUCUAGUGUAUAGAAUCUCUACGAAGUUACUGUGAUUUUCAAAAAUCAAAACAUUUGCUAGGAAAUCUGCAUAAUUCCAAAGUGUUAGAGACUGUGAUCAAAAUUAUAAAUGUAUUCGUUCAUGUCCUGUUUUUGUAAAUACAUGUGUACAUAGUUGUUUUAGGGUAAAGCUUAAUAUGA